GCCGUUUGUGAGGGGAAGACGACGAUACAUGGCUUCCAAAGGCCGAUGACGGAAUGGUCCAACUGUACUCUUAAUUCAACUCCAACCUCCAUCGUCGAAUCUUCAGUUUCACAUAUAACUGUUUCCUCUAGGCAGCUCCAGCUCGAAAGUCCAACAUCGACAUCACGCACGAAGGACUUCCUGCACUACAGUACUGACCCGAACAACGGCAGUUCCGAUCCUGUGCAACUGUCUUCCCCCUGCACCUAGGAUCGCGAAAGGCAUACAUACCUACCUACCUACAGAAAGAGCCGCCUGGGUCGAAAGCCAAAUCAAGGUCAACAAAAUGUCGGCACGGAGGCUUCAGAGGCUGUCUCUUACCACUUCGAGUGGUCUGAGAUCAGCUCGCACAUCCUCGACUACCAUCAACUCUGCAUUGCUAAGGCCGCAGCUAUAUAACCAGAGAUCCAGGACAGCCAUACCCAGCAUCGUCAGGACGAACUCUACCCUCGCAACCUUCAAAGUCCCUACAGUGGCCAACGAGCCCAAUCAACACUAUGCCAAAGGCUCAGAAUCACGACACAAGCUCACGGAAGCUUAUACGGCGCUUUCAAAGAAUCUUCCUGUCGACGUUCCCAUUAACAUCCGCGGAAGGACGCUUAGCAAAGCAGACACCAAGUACCAGGUGAACCCCGCCGAUCACCAACAGAAAAUAGCCAAUUAUGCCGUGGCAACCCCCGAAAUGGUCAACCUGGCUAUCAAUGCCGCCCUGAACGCAAAGCCGGCAUGGGAAAGCUUGCCCUUCGCUGACAGAGCGGCAGUCUUCCUCAAGGCCGCCGAUCUGAUUAGCACCAAGUAUCGCUACGAGUUGAUGGCCGCAACAAUGUUGGGCCAAGGCAAGAACGCCUGGCAGGCCGAAAUCGAUGCCGCUGCUGAGCUCUGUGACUUUCUCCGCUUCAACGUCCAAUAUGCGGAGCAACUAUACGCUCAGCAACCGGCACAUAACUCCCCCGGUGUCUGGAACCGUGUCGAGUACAGGCCACUUGAGGGCUUUGUCUAUGCCGUCACCCCGUUCAACUUCACUGCCAUUGCGGGCAACCUUCCAGGCGUGGCAGCACUGCUGGGCAAUGUUGUGGUCUGGAAGCCGAGCGAUUCCGCGAUCCUCAGCAACUACCUUCUGUACAAGGUCCUUCUCGAAGCGGGACUCCCGCCCGAUGUCAUUCAGUUCAUCCCCGGCGAUCCUGAGUUGGUGACAAAGGAAGUGCUCGCGCACAAGGACUUUGCGGCUCUACACUACACAGGCAGCACUGCCGUCUUCCGUAAGCUCUAUGGCCAGAUUGGCGCUGGCGUUGCUGAGGGUAGGUAUCGAUCAUAUCCUCGCAUUGUUGGCGAAACCGGUGGCAAGAACUUCCACCUGGUUCACAAGUCUGCCGAUCUACGAAACGCUGUUGUCCAGACGGUCCGCGGUGCAUUCGAAUACCAGGGCCAGAAGUGCAGCGCCACUUCCCGACUGUACGUUGCCAAGUCGAUUUGGCCAGAUUUCCAGGAGCUUCUCGUCCAAGAAACGGAGAAGUUGAAAGUUGGCCCACCUCAUGAUCAUGGAAACUUCAUGGGCCCGGUCAUUCAUGCCGCCUCUUUCAAGAAGCUGAGCACGGCUAUUGACGAGGGCAAAAAAGACCCAGACCUCCAGCUAAUUGCAGGAGGAGAAUACGACAGCUCGGUUGGUUACUACGUCAAGCCAACCAUCUUUGUGUCCAAGACGCCAGACCAUAAACUCUUUUCGACGGAGCUGUUCGGACCCGUCUUGACGGUCUACGUCUAUGAUGACUACGUAGACAGCACUACCUCUAUCUACGACAUCAUCGACGGAGCUACGGAAUAUGGGCUGACGGGCUCAAUCUUUGCAAGUGACCGGAGCGUUAUCCGGUUCGCAGAGGAGAAACUCCGCAACUCGGCAGGAAACUUCUACAUUAACUGCAAGAGUACGGGUGCUGUUGUAGGCCAGCAGCCAUUUGGUGGCAGCCGAGCGAGCGGGACCAAUGACAAGGCCGGCAGCAUCAACCUCCUGAGUCGGUUUGUUAGCAUGAGAAGCAUCAAGGAGGAAUUUAACUCGACGACCACGGUGACAUAUCCCAGCAAUGAGGUCGAGUAGGGCCUUAGUGAGACCAUGGAGAGCAGCGUAUACUCGGACGAUAGUUGGGAGGAUUUCUCCCGGAGGACUCGCUCAGGAGGAGUUUUGAUGCAUCAAGCCGGCAUCGGCGAAUUCGUUCAUAAUAGGUGCGGUUCAACGGAGUUGUGUACGAGCAGCGUUGAGAGGGGUGCCAUGUUACUGGUUUAGGUGUCUAGCGAAUCAAAUCACUACCCGAAGUUGAAGUUGCAUUGUGUUGAUGGCUUUAUAUGGCACAGGUGCUUUAUCCCGACCUUCUCCUGGUGCUGUGAGUCCGAGAGAGUUACGGACGGCCCGUCGUUCUGCCCCGUGUUGAAGAUCGUCCUGACUGUCAAGGCCACGUGCGAAGUGCCUUAAAAGAGCUUGGGUAGCGGCGGGGGCUGUGGAAAGGGUCGGGGACCUUGACGAUCACUGACGAUGUACAGAAGACACCAUGUGUCCAAAGGUGGUUGUGGAAGUAGAGCAUAAUGACAGAGACUUGGCAGGUA